UUCAGCCGACUGCUUCAGAAGGUUGCGCCAGCCGUGAGUUUGAGGAGCAAGAAAUGUGAAAGGGUUGUGUAAAAGUGUUUCUCACAAAUAGUCUGAAAAUGUCCAGUUUCACUAAAUCUGCACAGCAAUGGGCUACGUUCGCCAGAUCGUGGUAUUUGAUUGAUGCCAGGAUGCAGCCUCCGGGAAAGAUUGCUACCAUGUGCUCAGUCAGGCUGCAGGGGAAACACAAACCCAUCUAUCAUGCACUGAGUGACUGCGGGGAUCACGUCGUGGUCAUGAACACCAGACACAUUGCCUUCUCUGGGAACAAAUGGGAACAGAAGGUCUACUCCUCUCACUCAGGAUACCCAGGAGGUUUCAAGCAAGUCACAGCUGCCCAGCUCCAUCACAAAGACCCCAAAGCGAUCGUCAAGUUGGCCAUCUACGGGAUGCUCCCCAGGAACCUUUUGAGAAGGACCAUGAUGCAGAGGUUACACCUCUUUCCAGAUGAUGAUAUCCCAGAGGACAUUCUGCGCAACCUGACAGAGGAGCUGCCACAGCCUCGCAGGAUUCCCCGGAAACUGAGCGAAUACACCCAGGAGGAGCGAGAUGCCUUCCCAAGAAUCUGGGUCCCGCCCGAAGACUUCAGGAUGAAAUGAGUUGUCCAGCCGGACACUAGAGGUGCUGCCUCCCAUCCCACAAACCUUGCGGAGUCUUCAGCGCAUGGCCACGGGUCGCCGUUAACGUCAAACACGCAGCAGGCCGCUGUCCUCAACCGCUGUCCACUGUUUUGCAUGAAAUAAAGUUUUUGUGACAAAACAUUAAACAGGACUUCAAUUGAUGACACCGAAAAAUGGCGGUCGGCCCUGCAGUUUAAAUAUGCGGCUAUAUUUCAUUCCGUGUG